UAUUGCAAUAAAUAUUGUUUAAAUGUUAAAAAUUGUUAUGGAAGCUCAUCUCUCUCAAACCAAGUCAACAAGAUAAAAACAAAGGCUUACUGUGUUGUGAAGUGGGAAAUGGGGUAUGACUACUAAUUACAAAAUGACUUAUAGUGAGAAUCAAAUAAAAAUCCAAUUUACCCCUCUAAUCUAUGCCACCUACUUUCCUCCUAGGCAUUAAAACUGGAAAAAGACAACAAAAACAAGUAUAGUAAUAAUGAAUAAACAAAAAGGAAGAAUUCCCACAACCCCUUUCUUUGAUUGCAUAUUGGCAUUUGGUGAACUUUUUCAAUUUAAAAAAAAAAAAAAAAUCUCAAAUGGGUUUGUCUUGGUCAAAACUGCCCCAGAAGAACAAGAAAUACUGGUUGAAUUCAUUAAAUUCCUAGGUUGCCCUUUAAUGUCCCUAUUCUCACCAAAAAACAAAAAAAAAAAAGGAAAAAUCCCACAUGGACAAUAGAUCCCAUAUGGAAAACUCCAAAUUUACACUAGUGGGAAAAAAUCCAUUCAAAAAAUUAUAAUCAUAAAAAUAAUUUCAUAUUCUAUAAGUAUUGCUUGAACGAGUAACUCAUACACUGACUAAUAAAAUUAGUAAAUCAAUUAUACUUUCAACCAUUAAAAAUAGAAUAAAUCAUAAUUUUGUGUUUAAUUUAUACAAAACGUUUAUUCCAUUAGCCAUGGAUGGUAUAUUAAUAUAUUAAAAGUAAGUAAAUUUUUUAAAAAUAAAUGAAAAAGAAAAAAAGGCAAAAAAAAGAAAAGAGAGGAGAAGAAAGAAACAGACAAGAGGGACCCUUCCCUACAAGACCCCAACAAUACCAAAGAAAUGAUAAAAGAGAAACUAAUUUAUAAUUUUAUAAGAAAAAUAAUAAAUUUACCAAAUAAAAGCAGAAAACAUAAAAGGAUGCCAAAACAAGAACCUUUUAAAAGGCGCGUGAGCUACAUACAUCAAUGACCAAGAAGUGACAACCAAUGUCUGUAGUGCUUUCGUACGUCGACUGUGGUGUUACUUCAUUGUAGCAGUUUCCAUCAACAUUGCUCUUUCAUGUUCCCCACUCUCACUUAAACUGCGAGUCUCUACACGCGCAUACCACUCUUACACACCUUUUUCAACUAACUAAUGCUCCCACUCUCUUUCUUUCUUUCUUUCUUUCAUUUCCAUUUCUCUUAUUUCUCUCUUCUUUGAAAAUUCUUCUCUUUUAACCAGCUACAAUAGACCCAUAAAAUAAAAAUACAAACCGAAGUUACAAUCUUCUUAAGCAAUUAACAAAUAACUAACCGAACCCAGAUCGAUCACCUCACCACCGGCAUGAAUAUACGCCGGAAAAUUAAAAACCGGUUACCACCAACACCGCCUCCGCUGGCGGCUUUUCCAAGCUGAAUGCAAGAAACAAGAAAACAGGAAUAAAGCCUAUAAAGAAUUCUCAACUAUUAUCUCAAAGCUUUAAUCUUUUUGCUUGUUUUCUUGAUUUAAACGAUAAUGGCAGCCACGACUAAUACAGCAACUACACCAGCAUCGGUGGAUUCAGGAGGACCAACCACCGCAGCUUCAGCAGAUGAGCUCAACGCUAAAGCUGUACAUAAGAGAUAUGAAGGUCUUGUAUUGGUUAGAACAAAGGCUAUAAAGGGUAAAGGCGCGUGGUAUUGGGCACAUUUAGAACCUAUGCUAGUCCAUAACACUGAUACUGGUUUACCUAAAGCAGUUAAGCUCCGGUGUUCUUUAUGUGAUGCCGUUUUUUCAGCUUCUAAUCCUUCCAGAACUGCUUCUGAACAUCUUAAACGUGGUACUUGUCCAAAUUUUAAUUCUUUGCCUAAACCCAUUUCUUCUAUCUCCCCUUCUUCUAAUACACCACCACCACCACCACCAGUAGCCACGAUAGCUUCACCGUCAAGUGGUGGCGGUAGUGGUGGUGGUGUAGUUUCUGCUUCUGCCAUAGUACAUAAUAAUAGAAAACGUUCAGCUGGUGCAAGUUCAGGGAUUGUGUCUGCUACAGUACCAUAUGUAGCACCUUCUUAUCAAGUAAGUCCUUUGGCUAUUGUUGAUCCAUCAAGAUUUUCAGGUGAGUUGGCAGUGUUGCCUCAACAACAACAGCAUUUGAUGCUUUCUGGUGGGAAAGAUGAUUUAGAUGCUUUAGCUAUGUUGGAAAACAGUGUCAAGAAGUUAAAAAGUCCUAAAACUUCACCAGGGCCUGCUUUGAGCAAGUCUCAGAUUGACUUUGCUUUUGAUUAUUUAGCUGAUUGGGUGUACGAGUCUUGUGGGUCUGUUUCUUUUUCUGCUCUUGAGCAUCCUAAGUUCCGGGCAUUCUUGAAUCAAGUUGGUUUGCCUGCUGUUUCAAGAAGAGAGUUUUCUGGUGGUAGGUUGGAUAUUAAGUUCGAAGAAACUAAGGCCGAGUCUGAGGCAAGAAUUAGAGAUGCUAUGUUUUUUCAAAUUGCAUCUGAUGGUUGGAAAGUUAAGAAUCACAGGGGUUUCAGUGAGUUGAAUUUGGUGAACUUGACAUUGAAUUUGCCCAAUGGGACGAGUUUGUAUCGAAGAGCUGUGUUUGUUAGUGACUCGGUGCCUUCUAAGUAUGCAGAAGAGGUUUUAUGGGAGACUAUAUCAGGCAUUUGCGGGAGUGCUGUGCAGCAGUGUGUAGGUAUAGUUGCAGACAGGUUUAAGGCUAAGGCACUGAGGAAUUUAGAGAAUCAGAAUUAUUGGAUGGUUAAUCUUUCAUGCCAAUUCCAAGGUUUCACUAAUUUGAUUAAGGACUUUAGCAAGGAGCUUUCACUGUUCAAGACUGUUACUGAGAAUUGCUUCAAACUUGCAAAUUUCAUCAAUAACAAGAGUCAAAUUCGAAAUAGUUUCCAUAAGUAUCAAUUGCAGGAGUACGGACAUACAGGAUUAUUGAGAGUGCCGUUGCGUGAGCAUGAGAAGAUGGAUUUUGGUCCUGUGUAUAACAUGCUAGAGGAUAUAUUGAGCUCAGCUCGAGCAAUACCAAUGGUUUUGGUAGAUGAAUCGUAUAAGAUAGUUUCCUUGGAAGAUCCAACUGCAAGAGAAGUUGCUGAAAUGAUUAGAGAUGUGGGGUUUUGGAAUGAACUGGAAGCGGUGCAUUCAUUGGUUAAGUUGAUCAAGGAAAUGGCUCAGGAGAUUGAAACAGAGAGGCCAUUAGUUGGUCAAUGCCUGCCGCUGUGGGAUGAACUAAGAGGAAAAGUGAAGGAUUGGUGUUCAAAGUUCCACAUUGCGGAAGGAGAAGUGGAGAAAGUGGUCGAAAGGCGGUUCAAGAAGAAUUAUCAUCCUGCUUGGGCUGCUGCAUACAUACUUGAUCCACUGUAUUUGCUUAGGGACACUAGUGGCAAAUACCUUCCUCCUUUCAAAUGCCUGACAGCUGAGCAGGAAAAGGAUGUGGACAAGCUCAUAACCAGGCUUGUCUCCAGGGAGGAAGCUCAUAUUGCAUUAAUGGAACUCAUGAAAUGGAGAACAGAAGGGCUUGAUCCAGUGUAUGCCAGAGCUGUACAGAUGAAGGAAAGAGAUCCCAUAACAGGAAAGAUGAGAAUGGCCAAUCCGCAAAGUAGUAGGCUUGUGUGGGAGACUUAUCUUACUGAGUUUAAGUCGCUAGGGAAAGUUGCAGUGAGGCUUAUUUUCCUUCAUGCUACCGCCUGUGGAUUCAAAUGCAAUUGGUCUUUGUUAAAAUGGGUGUGUGCCCAUGGGCACUCGAGAGCAGCAUUGGACAAGGCACAAAAGUUGAUAUUUGUUGCAGCUCAUUCAAAGUUUGAGAGGCGGGAGUUUUCAAGCGAUGAAGAUAAGGAUGCAGAGCUUUUCGCAUUGGCAAACGGUGAGGAUGAUGUGCUGAAUGAGGUUCUUGUUGAUUCAUCCUCAGUACGCUGGGGACAAAGAUAUUGUUGGACUGGAGAGGCCACCGUAAGAUGGUUGGUGGUUAGUAGAAUGAGAUGGAACAUGAUUAAAGGUAGAAUGCUGCCGUAAGGAUCCAAGAAGAAGGGAAGGAUUGACUUGGAAAUGAAAUGUCUUUUUGUACUGGAACAAACUGGUUGGGUUGGGCGAAUGGCAAGCCAGGUUCCGCAACAUGGGUCAAAACUACCUCGGAAGGACCUCCUUUUCUAGCUGGAGGAGCACUUCUCUAACUGUUUGUUUUCUUUAUUAUCGCCUCAAAUCCGUAGUAUGUCCUGGUUUUUGAGUCUUGGAAAUGUGGAAUCCCACCAAGAAGAAGUGGAAGUCUUUUUCCACACUUUGGUUCUCUUGGGGAAAAAGAUAAAAAGAGAGAGAGAAUGGAUAUCAGGGAGUUUCUUUUUUUCUUUUCUUCCCUAUCAAAUCAACUUGGUGGUAACGUCUCCUUUAAACAUUUCAAAGCGUGUGAGGUUCAUGCAGGGUAAUUGGGCAAAUGCUCCCCAUAAUUGCGAGAAAGGUGUUUAAGAGGUCCCAAAGCCAAAGGAAUGCUGUCGGCUUGAAGCAACACGUCUAUGAUCCUCAGUGAUCUGCAACAAAAUUCAUUUUGAUUUUUAUCAUUUCAGCAUAUAUAGUUAUCAUGCAAGCUGGAUCCUAACCUAUAUACUAUUUAAUAGCAAUAAACAGUACUGCACAUUUAUCCUCA